AUGGCGGAUCGGGAGGAGGACGAGAAGCUCCAGAUGGCGCUCCGCAUGAGCCUCCAGGGCUACCCGCCGGCGCAGCCCGAGCCCAAGCGCAGCAAGCCCCCGCCCCCCGCUGCGGAGUCGCCGGAGGCGGAGGCGCGCCGGAAGCAACGUGAGCUCAUGGCCGCCGCCGCCGAGAAGCGCCUCCGCGCCGCCGCCUCACCGGCCGCCGUCUCGGUGGCGCGGUCUUCUCCGCAGCCGGUGGUGGUGGAGCCCGCCCCCGCCCCCGCCCCCGCCCCCUCCCCGGAGGCGACCAAAGAGCAGGAGGAGGAGCCGGAGCAAGCUGGCGUAUCUAUGGAGGAAGCGAAGGAGGUGGUGGUGGAGGAGGAGGAAGACAAAGGGGAGGAGUUGCCUCCAGAUGUCGCUGAGAAUCUGUGGGCAAUGGUGUUUGGGGGAGGGGUUUCAAAGGCUGUCUUGGCGCAGUGGAGUAAUCAGGGCAUAAGGUUUAGCUCCGACCCAGAAACAACUAUGGGGCUUGUACAACAUGAAGGAGGUCCUUGUGGUGUCUUAGCAACCGUGCAGGCUUAUGUCCUUAAAUAUCUUCUGUUUUUUUCUGAUGACUUGAGUAAUCCAGAGUUCAAGCAUUGGUUCAUGCUAUGGUGGAGAUUCUUUUUAUGUGGAACUGGGAAAAGAGCUGUUGUAGCAUCUGUUGCACGUGCAAAUCGUGGAAAAAUCGAUGCAGUUUUGGAAGAUCUUUCUGUCGAAUCAGCAAUGGAUCUGCAGAAAGUUCUUAGAACAAGUACAUUUACUUCAAGGAAGGAUGCAUUCAACACCCUUUUGGCUAACAUUCCUUUGUUUGAAAGUCGACUGGGAGCCAUGCUAUUUCUUAUCUCUGCUUUGCUUUCACGAGGAUUGGAAGAUAUCCAAGCAGACAGGGAUGAUCCAAGCCAGCCAUUGGUCACUGCUCCAUUUGGCCAUGCUUCACAGGAAAUUGUGAAUUUAUUACUCUGUGGAGAGGCUGUUCCAAAUGUAUUUGAUGGCAAGAUGGACCUUGGUGGUGGCAUGUCCUUGAAGGGCAUACCAAACAGUGUUGAAGUUGGUUUUCUUACCCUCCUGGAAUCACUAAAUCUCUGCAAGGUUGGUCAGUGCUUGAAGUGCCCAAAGUGGCCAAUAUGGGUUGUGGGAAGUGAAAGUCACUACACUGUCCUUUUCGCCCUGAACCCCAACGUUCAAGAGGAGAAUGAGCUGGAAGAGCACGAAUCAAAAAUAAGAAGGGCUUUCGAUGCCCAAGAUCAAAGUGGAGGUGGAGGCUUUAUCAGCGUUGAGGGCUUCCAACAAGUCCUCAGGGAUACUGACAUAAAUUUUCCUUCGGAUAAACUCGAGUACCUAUGUAAUGCUGGCAUUAUAGUAUGGAGUGAAUUCUGGCAGGCAUUGCUACAGUUGGAUAAAAGGGCCGGAGGCAUGAUGGAUCCAACUGGCCUUAUGGGCAAGAAGCAAUUCACCAUCUUCCACUUCAAUGGAAUUGCCAAGUCUGUGCUGAAUGGGAAUGCAAGUGCAGGUGGCUCAUGCCCUAUACAGAGACCCAGGUUAUGCAAGCUAAAUGUCACUGUCCCCCCAAGGUGGACCCAAGAUGAGUAUCUGGCUGAUGUUGUAAGCGCAUCAACCAGCAGCAGCAAGGAUGACAGUAUUCUUUCUCUAGCUCCCCCAGUUCAGACUAAUCAGCAUGCACCAUUGGUGGACUGCAUUAGGACACGGUGGCCACGAGCUGUUUGUAGCUGGGCUGGAGAUGUUCCAAGUAUUGUCUGA